CCAUCGGCCGCAGCUGUGGCGGCUGCAACGCUCAACAUCAAUCCAGGCAUUGGCGGUGGCGGUGGCAGUGGCAGUGGCGGAGGAGUUUCUGGCUGUGGCAGCCACAAUAUUGUUGAUCAGCAAUGCAAUGUUGCUGCUGCUGCUGCGACAUACGUCGGGGGCAACAACAGCAAUUGCAACAACAGCGGCGGCGGCGGCAACAGCAACAGCAACAUUUGCAAUCAGCAAAUCAACAACUACCACAGCAGCAACAAUAGCAAUGGAAGCAGUGCCAGCAAUCAUAUGAGUGCCACAAGUUUCUUCAGUGCCACAGGCAGCAGCAACAGCAUCAGCAGCAACAACGAUUAUAUGGCCUCGCCGAAUGUUGCAUAUGUGACACCAGCGUCUGCAACUGCAACAUCUGCAACAGCAACAGCCACAGCAACAUCCACAACGAUGCUGUCUAAUUACUGCGAUGCCGCUACCAUGAUGAUGGCCGCGGCGGCAGUCAAUGCAAAUCAAUGCCUGCAACAACAUCACCAGCGCAUGUUGCUGGCAACCAGCGGUGGCAGCAACAGCAGCAGCAACAAUGAUCACUUAUCUGCAGCUGGUUCACUGUCAUCUGCCUCAUCGACGCCAACAGCAAUAGCAGCAGCAGCAACAGCAACAGCAACAGCAGCCACGACUGCCACAUCCACCCCGCAGCAACAUUUGCAACAUAUGCAACAUCAGCCGCAACAGCAGCAGCAACAAUCGCCACCAAAUUUAAUAGAUAUCAGCGAAGUUCCUCUCAUUGUGGAUGUCAAGUAGUGUAAUUAUUUAUGCAUCUAGAAAUGGGGCUAUAAAACAAUGUUGUAGAUACCCAAAAAUCCAAAAUCCCAACCCAAAAAAAAACCAAGAAAAAAUGUAAAAACAAAAAAAAAAGAUAUGGACGAUUCGUGUAGCUUAAUUGUUUAAUUUUUGUUGUAUUUUUGUACAUAAAUCUCCCGAAACCCCUCAAAAUAAAUUAAAGAUACUUACCCAUAUCCGGAGAACUUUUAAAGUUAAGAGCCCCUACCCAAAACAGGGGUUCUGUUUACAAUAAAAAUGUGUAUAAUAUUUCAAUGGCACUGAGUUCUACUUAAAGAAAAGUUAAACAAGAGGAACAUCUCCUUAAAUCUCCCCCUCUCAACAA